CCGUCGCUCCUCGCGAUGGCUGCGGCCCGCCGGCAUCAGCGCCGCACGGGUGCCCACGUCGCACUUCCCGCCUCGGGCUGGGAAGCUGUGCGCUUCUUGACGUCAUCACCAGGCGCCGCUGCCUCCACCUCCUUCUACUUGGAGGGAGAAGUUGUUGGCGCGAAUGGAUCCCGAGCCCCGGUAACGGAUUCCCACCCUGCCCGCCCGCGCCUUAAGACUUGGGCUGCGAUGGAUAUUCGGAAAUUCUUUGGGGUUAUCCCAAGUGAAAAGAAACCUGCAAGUGAAACAGUAAAGAAGAAUGAGAAAACAAAGUCUGCUGAAGAAACUUUCAAAGCAAAGAAAGGAAUAAAGGAAAUCAAGGUAAAUAGUUCUUGUAAAGAAGAUGACUCUAAACAGAAGCAACCAAACAAGAAAAAGAGGGUCAUCUAUGAUUCAGAUUCAGAAUCAGAGGAGACAGUGCAGGUAAAAAAUGCCCAAAAGGAACCAGAAAAAUUGUCAUUGUCUCCUAAACCUGGUAAAAUUAUACGGACGGAUCCUGUUACAUACAUUUCAGAAACAGACGAAGAAGAUGACUUCGUGUGUAAGAAGGCAGCCUCUAAAUCAAAAGAGAAUGGAGGAUCCACAAAUAGUUAUCUUGGAGCAACAAACAUGAAAAAGAAUGAAGAAAACAUUAAGACCAAGAAUAAGCCUCUAUCACCAAUAAAACUUACCCCCACAUCAGUGCUUGAUUAUUUUGGAACUGGAAGUGUCCAACGAUCAGAUAAGAAGAUGGUGGCAAGCAAAAGAAAAGAGCCUUCACAAAAUGCAGAUGAUUCCAGGUUAAAUGAUGAAGCUAUCGCAAAGCAAUUGCAACUUGAUGAAGAUGCAGAGAUACGGAAGGCUUACCUGUCAUCCAUUCCAAACCAGCUGGAGAGACAAUUGCAUGAAGAUGAAGAGUUUGCUAGAACAUUAGCCAUGUUGGAUGAAGAACCUAAGAACAAAAAGGCUCGAAAGGACCAAGAAGAGAGAGAAACGUUUUCAUCUGUCCAAGCCAAUUUACAUAAAACAGAAAAACAUAAAUCUCCUUAUAAAGUGAAAACAGAACAAUUUCUGGAUGAAAGGAAGAACUACAGUCCUAAGAAACAAACUAAACAUGAAAGCUCAAAAGAAUCCCAGCAGUAUUCCAAGUCAUCACCUUACAAAAUAAGAAAAACUUCUUCUCCUAAAGCUAGUUCCAAGCUGACGCUUUUGAAAAAAAAAGGAGAGAGUUCUUCUAAAGAAACAGAGCCUAUGUCCUCAAAAAGAAAAGAAAAUGCCAUUGAAUUGAAAGAGACAAAAACUCCUAAGAAGACCAAAAGUUCUCCAGCUAAAAAAGAGUCUGUAAGUCCUGAAGAUUCUGAAAAGAGACGCACUAAUUAUCAAGCUUAUCGAAGUUUCUUAAAUCGAGAAGGUCCCAAAGCUCUGGGCUCCAAAGAAAUUCCAAAGGGAGCUGAAAAUUGCUUGGAAGGCCUUAUAUUUGUAAUCACAGGAGUGCUGGAGUCCAUUGAAAGAGAUGAAGCCAAGUCUUUAAUUGAACGUUAUGGAGGAAAAGUAACUGGAAAUGUCAGCAAGAAAACAAACUACCUUGUCAUGGGUCGUGAUAGCGGACAGUCCAAGAGUGAUAAGGCAGCAGCUUUGGGGACAAAAAUUAUUGAUGAAGAUGGCCUAUUGGAUCUGAUUCGAACUAUGCCAGGCAAGAAGUCCAAAUAUGAAAUAGCAGUUGAAGCUGAGAUGAAUAAAGGAAAGUCCAGAUUGCAAAGAACACCACAAAAAAAUGAACAAGGAAAAAGAAAAAUUAGUCCAACCAAGAAGGAGUCAGAAUCCAAAAGGAGCAGACUGACUCCCAAAAGGGGCAGCUCUCUAAAUUCAGUAAAAAAGGAAACAAGUGUGUUUCGGAGAGGCCUGGACUUCAAGGAGCAGGAGGCUGAGGACACAGGCGGUAACAGCUGGGCUAGGAAUUGGGCUGAUGACAGCAGUGAAAACAAAGUGGAAAAUUUGCUCUGGGUUGAUAAAUAUAAGCCAACCUCACUCAAGACCAUAAUUGGACAGCAAGGUGACCAGAGCUGUGCCAACAAACUUCUACGCUGGCUCCAAAACUGGCACAAGAGACCAUCUGAAGAUAAGAAACACGCAAAGUUUGGUAAAUUUGCCGGCAAAGAUGAUGGCUCUAGUUUUAAAGCAGCAUUGCUCUCAGGCCCUCCAGGUGUUGGCAAAACAACCACAGCCUCUCUGGUCUGUCAGGAAUUGGGAUAUAGCUACGUGGAACUGAAUGCAAGUGAUACUCGGAGUAAGAACAGUUUGAAGGAGAUUGUUGCUGAGUCACUUAAUAAUACCAGCAUCAGAGGCUUUUAUUCAAGUGGAGCAGCCCAUUCAGUAAGCACGAAACACGCUCUCAUCAUGGAUGAAGUGGAUGGCAUGGCGGGCACGGAAGACAGGGGAGGAAUUCAGGAAUUAAUUGGCCUGAUAAAACAUACAAAAAUUCCCAUUAUUUGUAUGUGCAACGAUAGAAAUCAUCCCAAGAUUCGCUCUUUGGUUCAUUAUUGUUUUGACCUUCGUUUUCAAAGACCUCGGGUUGAACAGAUAAAGGGUGCGAUGAUGUCUAUUGCAUUUAAAGAGGGUUUAAAGAUUCCUCCUCCAGCUAUGAAUGAAAUAAUUUUGGGAGCCAAUCAAGAUAUCAGACAGGUUUUACACAAUCUGAGUAUGUGGUGUGCACGAAGUAAGGCGCUAACCUAUGACCAGGCCAAGGCUGAUUCUCAUAGAGCCAAAAAGGAUAUCAAACUGGGCCCAUUUGAUGUAGCCCGGAAAGUGUUUGCAACUGGAGAGGAGACUGCUCACAUGUCACUUGUGGACAAAUCAGAUCUCUUUUUUCAUGAUUAUUCAAUAGCGCCCCUCUUUGUCCAGGAGAACUACUUACAUGUGAAGCCUGUAGCUGCAGGGGGUGACAUGAAAAAGCACUUGAUGCUUUUAAGCAGAGCGGCAGAUAGCAUAUGCGACGGUGACCUAGUGGACCGUCAGAUCCGGAGUAGGCAAAACUGGAGUCUUCUGCCGACACAGGCCAUUUAUGCCAGUGUUCUUCCAGGAGAGUUAAUGAGGGGUUACAUGACUCAGUUUCCCAGCUUCCCGAGCUGGUUGGGUAAGCACUCAUCUACAGGCAAACACGAUCGGAUUAUUCAGGACCUGGCAUUGCAUAUGAGUCUCAGAACUUACUCCAGCAAAAGGACUAUCAAUAUGGAUUAUCUGUCACAUAUAAGGGAUGUACUUGUACAGCCCUUGAUCUCACAAGGGGUAGAAGGAGUACAGGAUGUUGUUGCUCUUAUGGACGCAUAUUAUUUGAUGAAAGAAGACUUUGAGAAUAUCAUGGAAAUUAGCAGCUGGGGAGGCAAACCUAGCCCCUUCUCCAAGCUGGAUCCCAAGGUGAAAGCUGCCUUUACAAGAGCUUACAAUAAGGAAAUCCACCUUACUCCGUAUUCACUUCAGGCAGUAAAGACAUCAAGACACAGCACAGGCCCAGCACUGGAUUCUGAGUAUAACGAAGAGUUAAAUGAAGAUGACUCUCAGUCUGAUGAGAAAGAUCAAGACACUACGGAAACUGAUGCUAUGAUCAAGAAAAAGACAAAAUCUUCAAAGUCUUCAAAAUCAGAGAAAGAUAAGGAAUCCAGAAAAGGAAAAGGAAAAAGUUCAAAGAAAUGAAACCAUUUUUCACUACUGUCAGUCUCUUUUUACUCACCCUGCUGACCAGUCUAGCUGGUCUAGAGAAUGUUUUUCCCCAAAGGAACCAUAUUUUAGGAUAAUGGGGCGACCGAGUGGUCCCAUUAUAAAUGGUGGUACAGCUAGAAGGAUGUAACCAGUAGGCUGAUGUACACCUCUUAUAGAGGUCGACAGGACUGCUUGGGUCCUCCACUGUCCUAUGUCAAUCUAAUUAGAUUGUGCUUCAGAAUGACUGUAUAACCAGAACUAAAAACUACGUAUGGGCUUUGGAAUCAGAUUUUCUUUGAACAAUAAUAUACCUGGAACAGUGGUACUAAGGCAACUUUUGUAAGCUUUACAGUUUAUCCUAAUGGCCUUUAUCGGACCAAUGCUGAUUUUUUUAAGGUAGUUACUAUUGGUGAAAUUUUGUAAAUAAAUCAUAAUACAAAACAGUCAUCACCUAGAACUGGAUAUUCUUUAUACAUUGUCAAAUAUCUUGCACAAUUUAAUUAGGAAUAAAAAUGUUCCACAUGAUACAUGUACAAAAUCUUAAGGUCGUCAUCUUUUACAGCAGAGUAUUAUGUUGGUAUGUAACUUUCCUUUUUAAUAUGCGAAUACUGGAUGAAAAACCGUGAAAUAUAACUUUGGCUCUUGAA